AUGGCGUUCGCAGCAGAACUCGGAGCCCUGACUCAGGAAUUGGUCGAAGUCAUCACAUCAACCUCAAGCCAGUCGGAACCAACACGUUUCAAUCUCCUGAGAGAGUCAAGUCUACGGAAAUUGCGCCAUCACAGCUUUCUGCGCACCAACCAGUUCGAGGUCCAGGAAUCCCUCGACGGAUUCGAGGAACACUUCCGCGUCCUGAACCGCGAUGGGUUAGCUGAUGCCUUGAGGGAGCGACUGGAUGCUCUCGCGGAACAGUUAAGCAAAUGGACACCGGAGGCGCUCAAGCUCCUGCUUCUGCUUUCAGACCAGCCCAUCCAGAAAUCCCGACUCUCGGAUCUUGAGCUGCUGAAGGAUCCGGAUGACGUCCCCGGGCCCGACUUGAAGUGGGCUGAUAUCGCCAGAGAAGAGGGCUGGGACAAAGAGCGGGAAUUGUGGGAGAACGUCGAGUUCGGAGGCUACAGCUCCGAGGACGAGAAUGCUGACGAUGGAUCCGAUGCGUCGGUGGAAUCCGAAGACACGUCACCUUUCAGCGUCGAGGCCCGAUAUCGAAGGCGGGCCACAGAAUACCUGGACGAUUUACAUGACGUGGCUGGACUCGAUACGGUCAAAAAGAGUCAGUCUUGGCGAAGUGGGAUAACGAGCAGAGACCCGAGAGGAAAAGCGCAGAAGACUACCAUCACAGAACUGCAGGCAGUGCGAGAGAUUCUAUCUAUGCUCAAUGGCCUGGAGAACAGUUUGUUUGAUAAACAAGGUGUCCCGUCCCUGAACUUCCAAUUGGCACAUUCCUCUUGGGGAGUCUACAAAGCACUGUUGAACUCAUUCGGCGAGGCUGGACGGCAGCUAUCCGUUCUACGCAGCUUUGCAAGUCACCCACAGCGAAUUCCACUCCUGCAGGUAUUUCAAGAUGCCGUGGGCAACCGUCUGAUGUCAUUUGACAGCGUCAUAUCGAUGUUACAAACCCAGUAUGUCAGUAUCUCACAAGACGUCGUUGUCAGUCUUGCGAAAAUCGUCAACGAUAUCAAGCCGCACUUGCAACCUUUGGCGUCACUUGCAGAAAUGAUUCAAGAGCUGCAGCAAGCCAACCAUCCUCGCCCAUUCCAUUAUCUGGAGCUUCUCUUCGACGCCGCUGCAGUUGCUCAGAUGGGGGGGAAUGAGGACACUCACGGGUUCUUCAGUAAGCUCUUCUUCGAGUGCUUCGAGGUUUAUCUUAGACCAAUACGCCUAUGGAUGGCGAGAGGAGAGCUCAUUGAUGGCGACAAGACCUUCUUCAUCUCUAGUACUCCAACCGAGGUGCCCAAACGGCAGGUUUGGACGGACCAGUUCAAGCUGCGGAGAACUGCUGAAGGAACACUCUAUGUGCCACGGUUUCUGCAGCCGGCAGCGUCUAAGAUAUUCACGACUGGCAAGAGCGUCGUCGUGUUGAAGCUUCUGGGGAAGCAUCGGUCAAUUGGUAACCAGCCGUCACAGCCGCUUGUCCAGUUUGAUGCGGGCCUCGCAUCUGAAGUUGUCAGUUUCGCUCCGUUUUCAGAGAUAUUCAACAGUAUUUUUGAGCAGUGGAUGCAGAGCAAACACCAUACCGCCUCUGCAAUACUCCGGAAGACCUUGUUUCAAACUUGCAGUCUCUGGUCUGUCUUGGAAGCCCUUCAGCAGGUGUACCUGAUGUCUGAUGGCUCUCGCUCCAACAUGUUUGCCGGCGCUAUCUUCAACAACAUCGACCUCCUCAAUCCAAAUUGGCAUGAUCGUUUCAUCCUGACAGCUGUGGCUCAGGAAUCUUUUGACACCUUAGUGGACUCACAUCGGAUAACCGUCAGUGUAUCAACAGGCGGUGCUGAUGUCGACGUUAAUGACGCGCGGAAAUCGGUUCGAAAGGGUCUACCCUCAGUCAGGGUGGCUUAUCGCUUGUCCUGGCCAACUCGUGUCAUAUUGUCGGACGAAAGCCUAACCCAGUACCAAUCGGUCUUUACAUUCCUAUUGCAACUACAACGGGCCAACUCGGUGCUCAACAAACAUCGCCUCAUGUCCGACGGUGUAGCAGAUAUGGUUCCGGAGCAAGCUACAUACUACGGCAUUCGAACGAGGUUACUCUGGUUCUGCAACACACUUCAGUCGUACCUAACAGCACUAGUCCUUGGGCCGCUCGUAGGCAAGCUUCGCGAUGACCUGGAAGCGGCAGAGGAUGUGGACGCUAUGAUCACAUCACAUUCAGCCUUCGCAAAGCGCAUGAUCGACGAGACCUGCCUCGGCAGCAAGCUGGAUCCCAUUCACCAGUGCUUCCUGGACAUAUUCGACCUUACUAUCAAGCUUCAAGAUGCGCGACGACUCGAGUCCGAGAGACCAGAAGAAGAGACCCAGGAGUUGCCACGGCUAUCAGUCAUGUCCUCGCCAACGAAAGCCGACAGGAAGAUAUAUGUCAAGGCGAGCGAGGAGGAGGACGAGACGUUCCUGUCCGAACAGGAUAAAAGUGGGAUGAUGCUGGACACGGAGAAGACGUACGCCGGGGUCCUCAGCGAAGUGCGGGCGGAUUUCGACAGGCACCUCAAGUUCAUCUGUGGCGGUCUCAGGGGUGUCGCGAGGGCGAGCGGCAACGACGCUGCGAGCAAAUGGGAUACGCUGGCAGAGAUGCUGGAGGUUGGAAUAAGGGGAUCACUGAUGCCGUAG